AUAAGAUAAGAACAGGUGAAGUUUAGAGAGAGAAAGCGUUUGAUUCUACUGGUACGGUUUUUAAAAGCAGGGCAGCUCAGUAGACAGUAGCCAUUUGAAAUCGUAGCUGAUAAAACGCCGUCGUUUCAAGGGAGUAGAUAGAUCUUCCCGUUCGAACAUUCUCGAAAUCGGAAAAAUGGAGAGGAACACGCCGGUGAGGAAGCCUCACACUUCGACGGCAGAUCUGUUGACCUGGUCGGAAAAUCCUCCAGCUGAUUCACCGAUGACCGGCUCCGCCGCUCGAUCCUCCGCCCGUUCUCACCAGCCAUCGGAUGGGAUCAGUAAGGUUGUGUUUGGAGGUCAGGUUACCGAUGAAGAAGUUGAGAGCUUGAACAAAAGGAAACCAGUUUCCGGCUACAAAUUAAAAAGAGAUCACCGGAAGUGGUAUAUUUGCAAGCAACGGAGAAAAUGGUGUAGAAGAAACCGAUUCUGCAACCCACACCCCAUCUAA